ACAAGUAUAAGUACUACGACACGGGAAGGCGCGGUUUCAAACAAAUGCGGACCUCCGCUCCAGUAGGUGGAACUUCAGUUCUACUAACUAACGAAGAGAAUUCUGUAUUGUACUCAUUGUUUGGAGCUGGUUGUGAUUCGUUAGCUUCCGCUGUGGUACGCUAUUUCAAAGGUGAAAAUGAAUCGAAUUGGGUGCUUAAAGGUUGUGGCGUUGUAUGUUGUAUCAAGGACAAAAAUUAUAAGGAUUAUUUCAUCAGAAUAUAUGAUGUGAUUAGGAAGAUUCCUCUCUUAGAGCAAAGAUUAUUUUUGGAAAUGGAUUAUACUGAAGAACUAAAAUGCUUUCACGUGAUGCAGUCAGAUGAUGGGCCAGUUGGACUUGCUUUCGCAUCUCUUGAGGAGGCUAAACAUUUUGCACAUGCAGUAAACGGUCGCUUAAGAUCUAUACGUGGAGCUGCUAUUGAGAAGCCUUCAUCAAAUCUUCAUACUAUCGGUUCUCAACCAAUCGUGCAAGCUGGUAUCUAUAGUUUAAAUCCGACAAAAUUGUCUGAUCAAGGAGUUAUGUCUAUAAGGGGCAAAACAAAAUCUAAAGGAAAAAAGCAGAAGCUUACAUCAAAAGAUAUCAGUAAUCCUUCAAAUUUUCGUCAUAUUGAACAUGUUGGUUAUGAUAGAGAAGCUAAGACAUUUGAUAUAUCUUCACAAGAAAGCGCAAUCAUGCGCAACAUACUGCGUGCUAUUGGACGUGAAGAUGCUAUGAAUAUACCAAGCGAACGAACGUUUGUCUACAAUUUCGCCCGUGAACAUGGUGGUUUAGAAGAGAUACAACGACAACUCAACGGUUCUCAAAGUGAUAGACGUAACAUACCAGCACAUGUUCCUCCUCCUAGACCACCACCACCUCCGCCACCCUCCGCACCCCGUCGACAAAAUCUUGGUUCUGUUACACCUUCUCAGUCGAUUACAAUACAACACCCACCCCCACCACCUGUUCCACAAGUAGCUCCUAAGCCAGUCGCACCACCACCACCAAUUCUACCUGCACCUCCCCUUUAUGAGAUCCCUGCCCCACCGCCACCACCUCCCCCACCCAUAUUCCCCAGUUCCGUAGCUGCUCCUCCACCACCUCCUCCAGCAUGUCCCACCGCUGGGGUUGAAAAAGAAAGCACAUCAAAUGAUCAGCCAAAGUCUAUGACAGGUCUUACUGUUGAUCUUCAAUCACAGAUUAUGUCCUUUCAAAAAAGCAACCUACGUAAGGUGAGUUUCUGUAUAUCGUCACUUCUCAUGUUAGCGAUUCACUCUUUUCUGUGAUUUUACUUAUUCCCUUACUAUUUCACUUGGUUAUGUUAAUGAAUGCUUUCCAAAGUUGUAAAAGUUUCGGGCUCCAGUUUCUCUCUUUAAUGAAUAAAAGUUAGCUGCCAACCAUGUUUCACUUGUAUUUAAUAACACUUUAUAUAGUCUGUAAAAGUACUUUGGUGUGUUACAUAAAUGAGUUUUCCACCACCUCUAACAUCCUGAGGUCCAACGUGCUUUAGCAACUGUCUGGUUCUCAUGCAAAAGCAUACUAGAUUUACAGGAAUAUCAGGAUUCGACGAGGUUGUAUCCAACACUACCUCACCGGCUGUUAUGUCUUGGGAUAUAUGCAAACUCCAUUCUAGUCGUAUGCACUCAAUACUUUUCAUUGGAAACGUGUUCAUCGUAGCUGCUUAUAUUCUGCUUUAUGUCGAAUACGCUUUAGGGAAUGCAAAUUUCUAGAAAUACAGAAAUACAUUUUAAAAAAAUGCCAUAACCUUCAAUCUUGAGCACGAAAUCCCUUCAUUAACAGUUUUUGGUUUAAUUGCUAAAACCUUAAGGUGAGCUAUUUCGGUGCAAUAGUUCUCAUGAGUAUUUUUUUUAUCUUACCAUUUAUAUGUUGUAAUAAAACUAAAUUAGAUUAUCAUAUGAAUCUUGAAGCUAUUCUAUUAAUAUUAUCAAACUUGGAAUUUACAUAUUCAAUUCAAUUGUAAUUCAGUUUUUAUUUUAUCUUAAAUCUUUAGAACGAUAUAAGUGAUGAGUAAAUGUAACUAUAAAUUAUAAGUUUCCUAGUUAAUGGACUUGUUUACUUUAGUUGUUCAGUUGACAUCUGUUAGAACUGAAAAGAUAACCUCUGUCAAAUUAGUAAAAUAAUCACAUAUGCAACUAUAUUGAAUCUACCGAAUCCAUCUUUUAUAUUCACGAAAUAAAUACUGAAAGGAUUAUUGCAUAAUAGUAUGCUCAUCUUUCCGAUAUUUCAGGUUUCAUGAACACCAAACCAACUUGUUAGUUUGUUCAUUCAUUAAGGCUACAUUGUCGUAAAUGCAAAAGUAUACAAGGUCACAUUUAUUAUUUUAUCUUUAUCAUAAUUGUAUGGGAAAUUAUGCCAGUAAAUACCCUUUGGCGUCAAUAUUCUUAGUCGAAUCAAUAGAGUCAGUCAGUCAGUCAUAUGCAACAUAGAACCCGACAACUUCAGAGAUGGAAGCUUUAUUUGACCCUAGAUUUAAAUAGCGUCCGUAACAAAGUGAUAUAUUUAUUUCCCUUUCCUUUCAAAAUAAGAUUUCAUUGAUAUCUGUAGAUAUUAGAUUGUUAGCCAGUAAGUACAAGAAACUGAUAAGAAUAUGUACUUUUUUAAAGAUGACAGGGUAUAAUCUCGGUCUAUGCUUCUCCAUUAAUGUCAGAAACCUGUUUGUUUUUCGUGAUUUAAUUCCCAGCUCCACACGUGGUUGAAAGAGAUAUUGCUUAAGUUUGUGUUUUGUCCUACACUGUGGCCGUGGUUGCACAUGUACCUAUUUACAUAGUUUUCACAGUGUACAUGCUUGAUGCUGUUUCUACGUUUAAUGGACAUCUUUUACUAUUCCCAUUUUAUAUUAGUUGACGGAAAACAUUUCCAUUUUUUCUAAAUUAUAAAAUGUGUAAACUAAUUAAAUGGUGUGUAAAAAUCCAACAAGUUAGUCUCACUUCAAAUUACUAUUGACUAUGAACCUAUUUAUUCUUGGACAGUUGUGUUAUCAUCCGUUCCCUACAAACAUAAUUGAAGUGUAGGAUUUUAUUUCUCCCACAGUGCUUCAAAUAAAUAUAUUCAUUGAUUACAAUCAUUAAACAACUUUGAUUUUUUUUCGCUGAAUUUUCAAUCUAUUCAUUAUUAUUAGCCUUCAUGAAAACCGUAUUAGACAACAUUUACCAAUAGAUUGACUUAUGGUCUCUCUUUAUUGCUUUGCUUUUGUUUCAUGACAGAUGUUUAUUAUAAACAGAUGAUUUCUUCCUUAUUUGUAUUUGUUCUUUUUCUAUAAUUUAGAUUACACCUGGUGAAGGUGUGUCUAGGCCACCUGUGAAACCUAGUAGUGGUAAUAGUAGUACUGGUGCUAAUCCAACUGCCAGUGGAGGAGGAUUCGAUUUAUUACAAUCACUUGCUCAAGCAAUGGAAAUGCGACGUAAUCGUAUGUGUAGUAAUGAUAGUGGAGAAGAAUCUGAUGCCAAUUCUGUACCAGGUGAUAUUGGCUCAGAUGAUGACUGGGAAACAUGAGUCAAUAAAAAGAGAAAAAAUAAGCUAACAUCCGACUAAUUUGUUAUAAAUUUGUUUACCAUAUGCUUUCAUUAAUAUUGAUCUUUUCCUAAUGAAAUUCACUGACUUUUUUGUGUAUUUUACUCACUUUUUUUCUGGUAAUCAAAUUAUUAUUCCUACUACUAUAGAGUCGUGCGCAGAUGGAAUUUUCUUCGCACUGUUAUUUAUUCAUUCAGCUUGAUUAAAGUGCCUUAAUUUUUUUUCUAUACUAAAAAUUACACAUUUUUAGCACGUUAUUAAUAAGUAAGAAGCACUGUGCAUAUCUUUUCAUAAAACAUUUCAGAACAAAUUACUGUUACUUUUCUAUGUUUUGUCUUUUAUUACAAUUGUGUGGUUGUUAUAUAAUUUGUGAUUCGUAUUGACAUUUAUUAUUAACAAUAAUGGUAGUAUUAUCGUUGUCAAGAGAUGUUAUAAUAGUAUAGUAAACUAUUACAGUUUAAUCCAAUUAUGAAUAUUUAUAUUAGAUUCUUUUGACAAAAAUGGCUGACAUUCCUAUGUCAUCAUUAUUUGUAUGGUAAUAGUAAUAAUGUCAAUAAUACAAAUUAUUACAACAUAUAUAUUGUCACUAUUAUAAGUAGUGAUAGAAUUUCAAUUACGCAAUGGUUGAUAAAUAUUCACUAUUACACAGCACAUCAUAUUAAAGAUACUUUGUACUAUAAAAUAGAUGGAGUGUGGUUAACAGUUGAUUCCAGAACGCGCGUUUCAAAAAUAACAAGAUGGUUUAAUCUAUUUCAAAUUGAAAUAGAUACUUUGUACUGUUUGAAUAAAAGGAAGAGACGCUGGAUAGGACAUACAUUGCUGAAAUCACCAAAUUGCAUCGUGAGGCAAACGCUAACUUGGGAUCCUAUAGGGAAGCGGAAAAGGGGAAGGCCGAGGAACACACCGUGUCGGGAAUUCGAAGCAGACAUGAAGAGGAUGAAUAGCAACUGGAAAGGAUUGCUCAGGACAAGGUUGAAUGGAGAGUGGUGGUGAGUGGCCUAUCCUCUCUCAUGAGGGGUAAUAGGCGUAAGUAAGUAUGAUUUUCACCCCAGAUUGUAAUCAACUGAAGAGGACAUUUAUAGAUCGUAGAUCAUUGAACCCAGUACAAAAAUUAUAUUCCGAAAUUAAAGUAAUAUCUUUGCUUUUGUCAAAGUCAGUAAUAAUCAGGUGUAAAUUGCUAACUUGUUUUGAGAUAGAGAUCCAGCCUAUCGCUUUUUAAACGAACUACUGGAUUUGGACUCAUUGGCUCAAUUAUAUUUUAGUCACUGUGAAAUUGGAAAGUAUGUAAAUCACUUAUGAGUUGUAAGUGUCUAAUAUUGUGAAGUUCUGAAUUGGAGCAGGUCCUACUCUCCAAUAGUUUUCUUUUUUGAUGCUAGCCAGUGGUAAAAAUGGUUUUCAAUAAUAUAAAGUCACCUAUG